AUGCGAUUAGCCGGAGCUUUUGACGUGGGCCGCCUCCGCCUCGCGAGCUGCUGGCUGCUCGCCGCCACCGUCGGCGCAUGCGGUGUCGUCGCCACAGCCCCGAGCGAGCGCGUCGCGCCCAGGUAUCUGGUCUACCCACCGGCCGUCGGCUCGGCCACCAAGGUCCAGUUCAUAUUUGGCCUGGGCAUACCCAUGGAGGUGGACGUCAGCACGAUCGUCGGCUACGUGAUCAAGUGCAACUACGACCUGCCGUACAACGCGUCCUAUCUGGCCGAGCCGUACGCGCGCCACGCCAGGUGGUCGUACGACGGCGCCGACUCCUCCGCAGGCCCAGUCGACUCGCCGGCCGGAAUCCAACGAGCCGGCAUUUAUCAAAUGAUCGAGGCAGCCAUCUCCAGUGGCUCCCAGUUCGAGGGCAAGCCUUGCCUCUUGAGAGCCAUCUGCGAGGCCGCGGCGACGCCCUUCGACUCUCGCCGCUCCAGCGUCUUCGCUGGACUGCUGCACAUCCUGCUCACACCGUCGAGCACAGCGGAGCCGAUCGACCAGCAAUACCUGGCGGCCGAGCGGACGGGCGGCCGAGCCGGCGGCGGCGGCGGCGAGUGCGCGCGUGCCUUCGCCGAGUGUCGCGCCAGUUUUUUGGAGUACUUUAGCGAGAUCCACUAG